UGUCGAUGCGCUAUUUUAAACCGCAGGCCUCAGCGGCCUUGCACUGCCUCGUAAAAGGCGCGUUGUUUGCGAGGUUCCUCAACGAGGAACGGAGCUCAAGAAAUCGCUUUUCUUGUCGAGUUUAAAUAGCAGCUGGACAUCAGCAAACUGGCGAUUCUUCCUUAAGAAACAUCAAAGAAUAGAUACCGAGUUCAACAAAUUACUACGAGAACUUGACCAACAAUUUCAGCUUGACAGCACUCAGUCAUGACCUACAAGUUCACUGCCCAGCAAGUCGGGGUCAUGGUCGAUCGUGAUGAGGAUUGUUUUCUCCAAGCCAGCCUAGCUGAACAUGUUGAUGGAACAGGCUUCACAUUAAAUUUUCAAUGCGGUUCCGAAGAACCAGAUGACCAAGAUAUUGACUUGGGAAUGGACUCGCACUGUCUCAUAAUGGAAGAUCAGCGGACGGCAUACGGCUGCGUUGAAUCAGCGUGUCUCAUAGACAAUGUCUUGCGCAUCACUCUUCGUCCUGAGCACGUGGCUAUUUUUGAGCUUACAGACGCCGAAAUUGAAGCAACAAUUAUUGCAUCGCCUACACAGCUUAACCAAUUUCGUGAAGUUCUUGGCGAGAUUUUCAGAUAUGGGCGGGAGAGUGCCCAGCCUACCAAGACCGGUGUAUAGAUAGAGGUACGGGGAGGUAAUUACAGAGGUUGCGAGCGACUAGCCAUGUGUAAGUACUUCGAAGUUCUGUGUUUAAAAUAGGGUGUUCAUUGAAUAAGUCCAAUUUAGCUAGUUGGUAGAUUAAAAUAGAGUAAUUACCAUCGUUUAUGUUAGUAAUAGAUUGACAACUCGAGUAUAUACGACG